UCAGCUUGCUCAAGUGCUCGCUAAACUGCGUCCAAACACUGGCGGGCCCCGGCUGCCUCCGCUGAGGUUGGUGGUGUGUAACCUGCCUAACGAGAUUAGCAAGGAAGGGGCUCUUCUCCCCAGCGACGCCGCCAACGCCGCCAGCACCGGCCGGAAAAGCCGCCGCGCGCCAGGGUUUGUCCAGAGGCGGAUUAUAAACUUUUCAUGGGAAACUCUGCACGGCACAUCCAGUGAGAUGGCAUCAGACAGCGAGGUAAAGACCCUCCUGAACUUCGUCAACCUGGCCUCCAGCGACAUCAAAGCGGCUCUGGAUAAGUCGGCUCCUUGUCGCCGGUCGGUUGACCACAGAAAAUACUUGCAGAAGCAGCUCAAGCGGUUUUCCCAGAAGUACUCACGGAUCCCGCGGUGCCACCCUGGCAAAGCCCCCGAGAGCGGCUGGCGCAGGGUGGCGGAGGACAGGGGACGUGGCCCCCAGCCUGAGCUGCCCGACCCCAGCCCCCACGGUGCGGCUACCGCCGAGAAGGCGCUGCGGGCAGCCGGGGCGGAGGAGAGCCUCGCCGGGGAAGGGGUUUUGCAGGAGCAAACCCCCGACGCAGCCAGGCCGGACCAGGUGCCCAUGAGGAAGCGACAGCUCCCCGCCUCCUUCUGGGAAGAGCCGCGGCCAGCCCCGAGCCUGCCAGCCAGGGCCUUUCCUGCCGGCAUCGAGGGACUCCCGGCCCCCAAAGACCCUCCUCCCUAUGAGGGGAAGAAAAGCAAACGCAGCUCAGACACCGCCGGCCCAGAGAGCCCCUCUGAGCCUGCCCCGCAUGCCGGGGACAAGGACCCUGCUGGCGUGCUCUCGGCCCGGGCGGGUGCCUGGACCUGCUGCCCCUUCCCCUGCCCCGGGCCGGGGGUGUACCAGCCCCCGGGCACGCUGGCCCCAUCGCCAUUCCCCGGGCUGGGGCUGUGGAGGAAGAGUGUGGCUGCGCUGCCGGCUGAGGUGCCGCAUUUCUGCAAGGAGGCCGACAGCACGGGGCAGAAACUCUACCGGCCCGUGGUUUUGAAACCCAUCCCCACGAAGCCCACCGUCCCCCCGCCGAUCUUCAAUGUUUUCGGGUAUCUUUAGCCCCCCGGGGUCGUGGCGGGUUUUAGAGUCACAGCGAACACGGUAGCUCCUGAGGGUGAAUUGAGACGCCCGGUUGGGCACCAUGGAGGGAACGAGGCCGGCGAUCGCACCCUCUUCCUCUUGGGUGGGCUGGAGUGAAUUAGUGACUGUGGGGAAGCUACUCAGGCUCCGCUCUCCUCUCACUGCACGGGUGUAAAUCGGGAAUAAGCCUUACGAAGCUGGUGGGAUGGAGGAUGAGGCAAAGCAGGGCUCUUUCAUCGACAGGCAUUGUCUGAGCCGCAGCGCGCAGGGCUGCGGGCCAUUCACACCCACACUCGUAACACCUAGGAGACCUCCUCCAUGUGGGAACAUCUUCUCGGGGUUGCCCUAUGGCGGCAGCAGCAAAAUGAAAUGAAUUAAACCCAUUCAAAGAGUUUUUGUACUCUAAAGUAAUUCCGGAGAAGUCAAGAUAUUCAGGUCACUUCCUUUUGCGUGCAAGAGACUGGAAGGACAGUAUUUAAUGUAGAAACCACGGCUGUGGAUUGAUUUAAGCUCUUCUUGUAUGUAAACACUGAGAGAAUUAAAAGAAAAAAAUU